AUGUCAUUUGUGAAUUCUUCGGGUGUUGCCUGCUACGUUUGUGUAUCAGUAAAUGGCAGUAAUCCUGAAUGUGAAGAUCCUAUGCACGGAUCUGUGUAUACCGAAUCUCCAUGUCGUCAAGGGAAAUUCGGAUUUGAAGGACUAGCAUACGCUCCGUAUUGUGCAAAGAUAAAGGGUCGACGUGUUAGUGAUGAUGUUCAGAUCUACAUUCGACGAUGUUCCAUGCAAAAACUGGGAGGUAUUCCAACCCAUUGCGGACAAUUUCGACUUUCAGAUGAACUUUAUCACGGAUCUGAACAGGAGCGCGCAGCCAUUGGAGCUAGUGUAACUCCUAGUUCUUCAAAGCCCUAUAAUAGUACUUCCUCAAUUACCAAAGCGCCUUUUGACUUGGAUGUCGUUCUUCCUAAAGGUAAAGAAAUCUCUUUACUUUUUCUGUUGAAAAAUCAACUCUAUUUACUGAUUCCAACACUUCCAGUACCUCCUCCUGAAGAUCACAAGGAUAUCAUUGCUAUUGAAAGCCUGGUCAUGCGAGUAGCAGGACUUCCUCAACCUUUAGCAGAUUCAGAAAUUGCUAAAUUCGAUGACAGUAUCCAAUAUUGGUUUUUGACUGUUACAGAUUCUACCGAGUACAAGUAUUUUCAGAAACGACUACAGGAUGAGAUUAUAAAAAGGAACAAAAGGACUGAAGAAGUGGAAGCUAGUAAAGUUGAUUAUAAACUUUCGGAUAUUCAACUUCCGCCUGAUCAACCACCCCCACUACCGAAGCCAACUUCGGAUGAAACGGAAGUCAACCCAGAGAAUAAACUUAAAGCAGAGCCUAUAGAAGAAAGUGAACAGAAGCUUCUAGCACCGCCAAGAAAGAGGAAAUCUAGGUGGGAUGCUGAUCAAGCAAUAAAAAAUGAACCCAUUGAAGAGAAACCAUUGAGUGACAUCGAGGCCUCUGUUAAAGAGGCUGCAAGAAUUGCUGCACAGCUAGCUGCUUCUGGUGCCAAAGCCCCAAAACCUUUCCCUUCAACUUCCGCGGCACGUCAAUUAGUCGGUGGUGCUGUCCUUAGCGACGAACAGAUUAAACAAAUUCAAUAUCAGAAGGAGCUUCAAGCCAUGCAUGAGUUCAUAUUGGCUCAGCAGAAGCUCAAGGCACAAGAACAGGAAUUGAUGAAUUCUAUUGCCGGGGUCAAUUACUCCAAAAAAGCAAAGAAAGUUGUGGAUGGAUUGGAAGUCAAGUAUGAAUAUGAUUCCGAUGAGGAUUGUGAGGGUGGAACGUGGGAACACAAACUUAGAGCUGCAGAAAUGGAAGCUACUAGAGAAUGGGCUGAGAAGCUGACAGAAAUGGGACAAGGAAAACAUCAUAUUGGCGAUUUUCUGCCACCAGAUGAAUUGGAACGCUUUAUGGAGACCUAUCGUGCCCUCAAAGAAGGUCGUGAACCGGAUUUCAGCGACUACAAGAACUUCAAGCUUACAUGCGAGAAUGUUGGUUACAAAAUGCUGGAGAAAAUGGGAUGGAAGGAGGGCGAAGGUCUGGGACCCACCGGUGAAGGAAUUGUCAAUCCUGUUGACAGGGGUAAUGUUCAUGUUGACGGUGUGGGUCUUGGCAUUGAAAGACCAUCGAAGUUAACUGAAGGUGAUGAUGAGUUCGAGGCCUAUCGAAAACGAAUGAUGCUCGCUUACCGGUUUCGUCCAAACCCCCUUAACAACCCUCGGAGAGAUUACUACUAA